AUGAGCAGCACAGUACGUGGUGCCAUUGACCCGCUGCUGGGCUACCUGUCGUCCGCCAUUCGCGACGAGGCGCAGCUGCUGGGCGGCGUCCGCCGCGACGCGCAAUUCAUCAAGGACGAGAUGGAGAGCAUGAACGGCUUCCUCCACCACCUCGCCGUGGCCGACAAAGACCACGAGGGAGACCACGAGGUCCGGGCGUGGAUGAAGCAGGUCCGGGACCUCACCUACGACACGCAGUAUUGCGUCGACCUCUACGGUCGCCGCGUGGGCGCUGCCCCCCGCGCGAGGGGCGUGCGGGGCCACGCGCACCGUGCCAUCUUCUUCCUGCGGACCAUCCCGGCGCGCCAUCGGGUGGGCAAGCAGAUGAAGGAGCUCAUGUCCCGCGCACGCGACGUCGGCGAGCGCCGCCAGAGGUACGGCGUCCAGGUCCCGGCCAAAGUGGCUAAUGAGAUAUCUGGGGGCGACGCCGCUAUGGAUGAGGAGCUGCAUGAUCUCAGGCGACGCUUGGUUGACGCUGAGCCUCUCAAGGAUGCGACGGUUGGUCUCAUCAACUGGCUCUGGCUGCACAAGGAUGGUCAUGCCCAAGAACCCAAAGAAACGGUACAUGGCGAUACAAUGUUUUGCUCCCUCAAAAAGUGUGUACGUUUCCUUGUGCCUCCAGUUUUCUCCCUUGCUAUUGGCUGCCAAGUUCCCAAGAUUCCUUCUACCAUACUAGUCAUCGCCAUUGUAUCACCUGAUGAAGCGGAUGGUGGCGAGCUGGCCAAGGAAGUGUACAACCACUCGUCGGUGGCGAGCCUGUUCGAAUGCAAAGCUUUCGUCACCAUCCAAAGGCCUCUGUUUCUCCAGGGAGUGCUCCGAGACAUGAUUCGGCAGCUCCGUCGACCUACCGGAGGAGCGGGUGAGGAGGAGGAGGAGGAGCAGCAGCUGGAGGACAGAGAGGAACUCCAAAAGCAUGUUAAAGGUCGAAGGUUACUUGUCGUUGUUGAAAAUCCAGACCAUCCAUCCCCAUGGAAUGAGAUGAAAGAAAUUCUAGACUCCUCUGGUUGCUCCCCUGGUAGUGCAAUUAUGGUGACCACAAAGGACAGUGUGAUGGCCGAGUGCUUCUCUCCAAACGAAACUGUAACCCAUUCAUUUGUCCAGUAUUGUUUCAAGAAAGCCAAUCGGAUGGUUUUCGUAAAAUGGGAGAACAGAGACAUCAUCCGUAGUGUCUUGGAGAAAUGUGACCCGGAUCUCUUGUGCAUGAAGCUGUUGCUUGGUACCCUGUAUGCUGAUUCUUAUACCAGUGAGAAACAACUGGAGGACCUCUGCAAAAGCCUAGAAUACUCGUCAGCCUUGCCCGACACCUAUAGCACUGCAACUUCCAGGAGGCAACAUAUCAUGACCAAGUUCUGCUAUGACAAGCUGCCUAUGAUGGACAGGUGUUGUUUGCUCUACAUGUCCAUUUUCGCUAAAAACUCAGAUGUCACCAGGCAAAGCUUGGAAAGAAGAUGGGUUUCCGAAGGUCAGGUAAUCCAAGGAGAUGGGCGGGAAGCAAUGGACAGAGCUCAACGCUGCUUUGAUGGCCUUGUUGCUCGAGGAUUUUUGGCCAUUUCCAAGGCUGGAAAAUUGGGCAAUGUUAUUUACUGUAAGGUGCACCCUUUUGUCCAUGACUUCAUUACCAAGGUGCGCAAGGAAGAUAACUUCGGAAACAAAAGUCUGCCUUCCAACCUAGCUCCCCACCUUUCCAUUAGCAGUGAUAUCCAGUGGCACCAGGUCUCACACCAGAAGCAGCACGGCAGCGGAAGCAGCUGCAACUGCUUCUCUCCGGUGGUAGAAGGCCAAGGUCAAGGCGCCGCUGAUGACAUCACGACAUUUAUCGAGUCGCUCCCUACAUUCUCUCGAGUGGCGCGGGUGAAAGUGAUGGACCUGGACUGCUGCGAGCACCUUAAGAACAAGCAUCUGAAGAUCAUAUGCAACAACUUGUUCUUGCUCAAGUACUUGAGUAUCCGGAGCACAGGGAUUUCUCGGCUUCCUAGGGAAAUCAAGAAGCUUCAACAGUUGGAGACAUUUGAUAUUCGACAAACCAGUGUUCCAUCUUCCGCCACAAGAGGCCUCUUACUCCCGAUGCUAAAGCACCUGCUAGCCGGCCCCGUCACUUAUCGGUCGGACGCCUGGCCCGACAAGGAAAUUUCCACUGUGGAGAUGCCCUCCAAGAUCGGGGAAAUGACAGAAAUGGAGACAUUGCAUUAUGUUGAAGUUGUUGAAGAUGAUAAAAAGUUGGAACACGUCAAGAAUCUGAAGCGUCUCAGAAAACUAGGUGUGGUCAUUCAAGGUAAACAAGAUGAUAUCGAUCGUUUGCUCCGAGUGAUAACUGAGUUGAGCCUAUGCCUCCGCGAAUUGAGUGUUUGGAUCAGGCCGUCACGCUCACGCGAAGGCCGAGACGAUGUUCUCAACAUGGAAAUACAAAACAAACACUCACUUUACAAGUUACUUGAGAAACUUAGCAUUAAAGGCAUCACCAAGGGGUUGCCCAACUGGAUUGAAGAUCUCUCAAAUCUUGCCGAGGUAACUCUGCGCCAGACAUCAUUGACAGAUAUGGGAAUUCUGGGCAAGCUCAAAGGCCUGCGCUGCCUCACGCUCCGUCAUGAGUCAUAUAUAGGUGAUGAUCUUAUCUUGAAGACUGAGGAGUUCGAAAAUAUCAAAUUCCUUGCCAUUGAGGGAGUCUCCCACAUUAAAAGGAUUGUUUUUGAACCUGGCACAGCUCCCAAGCUUGAAAAGAUUGUUUGGACCUUCGCCAAGAUGAACAUCACAAAGGACACAAUUAUUGAUCUCAAGAAUCUUCUAAGCCUAAAGGAGUUGGAGUUCAGCGGUGAGUUCAACCCAAGUCAUAUGCAACAAGUUGUUGCACACCAUCAAAACUGUCCUAACUUCAAGUACACGAUGUGGCGUGACGUUUCUGUCCAAGAGUAA